CCGGAGCUGGAGGCAAGUGGCUGAGAGGCCCUGGGGCUGGGCAGGUGGGCAAUGGGGUGGUGGUGGCAGGAACUGGCAUGGCGCCCCCCCCAGUUCCGCCUAUGCAUUUAAUGGAGGGCUUCAAAGGCGGAAAUCAGCACCUGGAAGUGAACCUGGAAAGGCAGUGACAACCAGCUCUGAUCUUUUACGAUCAGAGUUAUAGGAUCCCCCUUCGGGCAGCGUUAAGAUGGACUGUUUGGCUCUCCGUCGCCCCACUCCCUCCACACACACACACACACCCGAGCUCUGGUAGUUUAAAGCCAAGUCUUUUCUCUCCUUGAAGCCUUAACUUCAAAUCUCAAAGUGCAGAGACAGGAUUAGGCUCUUUUCAAGAGCCGGCAGCCUGCUCAGGCUCAGAGGCACUGCUGCUUUCCUUGUUUCAUCUGUUCCCUCUAAAGAGAGAGGGGGUUGGACUUGGACCUGGGAGAGCCAGGUUCAAAUUCCGCUUCAGCCAUGGAACUCACCAGGAGACUCUGAACCAGUCACCUAUCUCUCAGCCUAUUCUACCUCACUCACGGACUUGUUGUGGGGCGGAACAGAAUCAUGGACACUGCUCUGGACUCCUUGGAAGAACAAGCAGGAUAUCAAUGUCAAUCAAUAAAUGAAGGCAAUGGGCAAGGUCCAACGGAGAAGGCCAGAUCAAGCCCAGCUUACACUCUCUCUGCACAAUUCCUGUCCGGAAGUGACAAGCUGACCAGGAAUCAGAGCAAAGGAGAAAGGAAGAGAUGAGUCGACUGAAAAGAGGCCGUCUGCUGGCUCCGCCUUUACGAGCGCGAGCUCAGCCAGGGAAGGAGGAGGUUCGCCCAGCAGCUUCCUCGAGACACCGAUGGCGACCAUUGGCUCCACCUCCAUGUGGUCCUCUGUCUCUGACCUCUCCCUUCAGUCCAUCGAAGGGAGGGACAACAGGGACCACAGCAACCCAGCAGAGGGAGAUCUGCGGAAGCCACAGCCGGAGCACCAGUGGCCUGGCUCGCUGGCGGCAUCCCCCUACCAUCUCCCCGAACCCUUCUUUGGGCCGCUGGCCCCCAGCCGUACCACUGCAGGACCCAUGGCCCAAUUGUUUGGCCAUCAAUAUUUGUAUGACAUGCCAAGCCCGCAGCUGCUACAGCUGCCACCUCCAGGGCCGGCAGAGCUCCCACCACUCUUGCAUAGGGUGAGGGAGGCUCCUGGCUACAGACAUGCCAUGCUUGCCCCCAUCCCUCCUGCUGAAACAACAUCUCUGGCCCAGCUUGCCCCCAUCCCUCCUGCUGCAAGAACAUCUCUGGCCCAGCCGGCCAGGGUGGACCCGGCACGCAAGAGGAAUCUGGUUCUGCUGGCCCACCGGCUCCAAUCAGAAGGCAGCAGCACCACCGCUGCUGCUGGGGGGUUCCGCCCAGCCCCACCGGAUCAGCCCAGGAGCGGCAAGCCAACUGACAUUCGAUGUGCGUCCAGAGUCUUGAUUCCUGCCACUGAACAGCCACUGGCCAUCCAAAUCAAGGAGCCUGCAACUAAGAAAGCAGGAGGCUUCAGCACCAGUGCUGCCCCAAGAAUGAAGAUCCCAGAGUUGGGACCAUACAGAGGGACCCAGGAGUGCCACCCACCAUCUCCUCCCCAGCGGCAGGGUCGAGGAAUGGCCAAGGGAGGAACAGCCCCGCCCACUGGGGAGAUUCAGCUGCGCCCUAAGGGCCCUCCAAUUCAGAAGAAGCUCCUUGUUCCAAAUCAGCAGUUGCUUCCGGAAUUCCUCUUCCCGCCGCCUCCACCAGAGCAAACCAAAGUGCUCUCCAAGGGAACGGCUUCCCACGGGGUAGUCCCACGAGAGAAAGACACCCAAUGUGCCAAGCCAAGGAUGCAGCUCUUUGACUUUUUGCCCCCCAUCACCUCGGCUCCCAAAAAGGCAAAGGCCCGCUCAUAUGGGGAGGAGGUGGGCAGGAAACUCCCUGCAGAGAACAAUGGAAAGAGGGCAAGGGCAGCAGCGGCAGAGAGCAUGCCAGCACCCAAGGUGCCACGGGGAAGCCCAAAGGCUGAGGGGGAGGAGAGAUCAGGAGAGACGGCCAAAGCACCCCUGGACCACAAGGAAGGGAGAACAGCGCAGAAGAUCCCCACUUGCCAUCUGGAGCUGGCUGUCCAACCCCAUCUGCCAAGGAAACCAGCAGGAAUCAUGCCAGGCCAGAAGCUGCUGAAAAUGCCUCAGGUCCUGCCAAGAAGGGGGAAAGCACGGCUGCUACCACCUGAAGCCGAAGCUGGGGACACAAAGAGGAAGAAAGUGGGGGCAGAGUCCAGUGGAUCCGCCCAGGCGGAAGGGCCGGCUGUGCCCCCGAUUCCGAGAAGCAGCCUGGCCAGAAUGAUGCAGGACUCCGUGCAGGUGUUCCAUGCCCUGGCCGCCCCGGCAAAAUCUAAGAGUGCAGAGGGACAUCCUGGGCAUAGCAUGCCCAAAAAACCACCAUCGAUGUCCAUGGGAAGGCCACCAUCAGGAAGCAUAGCCGAGCCUCCACCAAGGCCUUUGGGAGCCCUACCAAGCAGACCAGCGGGGAAGGCACCGCCCAGCUCCAUGGCCAGGCCAGCAGCCAUGCCGAUGGCCAACCUUCCCCCUAGCUCCCUGGCCCACCUACAAUCAAUGCCAGUGUGGAGGCCGCCGGGAUCCCGUCCCUUCAUGCUCCAGCUCCUCCUCCCUUGCGCAGGCAAAUACCUUGCGAAUGCACAGUCUUGCUGGGAGGACCUUUGGCUAGCCCCAGCCAGCCCCUCAACCACAGCCACAGCCUAGGGGUCCCACACCAACCCACUGA